AACGGUGCACGUCGUAUACAUUAACCGUGGAUCAAUUAACCUGUAUAUAAGUUACAUUUUUAGUACAUAUUACCCCUUUCUACGAUUUCUCAAGUCCCAGUUUUAAUUCGUUAGGUAACCCUUGAAUUUUUUUGUGUUGGUCUUCUGCUAGACAGUCAGCGCCACAUAUUCAUCGCCGAGAAAAGUAUUUCUCAGUAUUUUAUGAAGUUAAAACGAUAUACAGCAUUAAAAAGGUUAUAUUAUCGAUUUCUAUGAUUUCUUCGCGUAUUUUUUACGGUGUAAAUCAGUUCUUGGAAAAGUUGAGACCGUAUUUGGAAAUUCUAUUGACUUCGAAGCGAUUGCCUGACUUCCGGCCAAGACAAGCCCAUGUGGACUGCAGCAGCGGUGCCUCCGAUCAUUUCGUGCUGAGGCUGUCCCUCGUGUUUCUGUGAAAAAAACUUGUCCGACGAAUAAUCACGCGUGCAUCGCGUAAGUCAUCGCAGCAUGGCUGAUUUGGAUGAUUUCUUUGCGAAAAAAGAUCGUAAAAAAGCGAAGGGGAAGAAAUUCACAACUACGGAGGAGAUAGCAAAGAAAUUGGAAGAAACGGGCAAACGGUUGGGGAAGAAAUCAAAAGAUAAACCAGUGAACCCGGAGGGGGAAGAAACUCAACAAACCGAGGAUGAAGAUGAGUGGAGAGAGUUUGAAGAAGAGAAAAAAGACUAUACUGGCUUGAAGAUUGGAAACCUGACAAUGAACGAAUCCAUAGAUGCAGAAUCUGAUGAUGAAAAAGGUACAGGAGACAUUAGUUCGGAUGGAGAAUCAGGUGAAGGUGGUACCAAACAUUCAGGACCCUGGAAAAAGCCAGAGCUCCCUCCACAACCAGAACCAGCACCAGAAACAGCACCACCACCUCCACCACCUGUUACUUCAGGAAGUAGUUAUAAGCCUCCACACUUAAGGAAUAUCCAAACAGUAGCUGCUAGUCCUAGACAACGAGCAAAAAAUAUUGCGCCGGACAUACAUAGUGAAGAAUAUUUCCCAACGUUGAACUCCAAGCAGCAGCAAAGCAACGAACCCAGCGGACCAUGGGGCAGACGGAAACGAGACGAAGGUACGUUUGAAGAAGUGCGUAAUCGAGGGGGAAGUAGAUCAUAUAGCGUACAGGAUGCGCAAGCUCAAGCGCCGAAGCUCUCUCUGGGUAACAAAUAUGGUGCCCUAUCGCAAGAUCAAAGCUGAAAUCAUCUCUGACUUGAUCGAAUGACAAACACAGUCAUUAUUACGUCAUCGCCUCUCUCCGUUUCGUGGCCCAGUUACGCUAUUAAAUAUGUUUUCUAGGAUAUAGAACACACGACGGAACGCGUACGAGUAGGAUGCAUGAUCGAUUCACGUACCGUGCUCUAGCUUUCGAAAAGCCAGACGUUGAUUAAGAAAACAAAACCGGGAAAAGAAAAGAAAUCCUAUUUCGUUCAAUAGGAGACCCCGCCUGCUAUCGUGAAACCGGAUGUACCAUUUCUUUCGCGAAAACGUGAUUCGUGCUUACGAUGAAUUUCGUGAAGAAACGCGAACGUUUAUUUUUUCAUACGAAGAGAACAUGCUCAAAACACACAUAUAUACACAUUUAGCAUCAGUUUUAUAUUUAAUUUUUUAAUUUACAUACUAGAAAGAUGAAAGAUGUUUAACGAGAGAUGAUGGGGGCAGUAGAGAAAAGUCGCGAGUUUGCAUAACGAACCGGAAAUCGAGAUAGAACUCUCGUAGCGCAAAAACGGUGUUGAACUUCGCGAUUAAUCACGUAAGGCACUCAUGUGGUCGCUGUAUUUUUACACGGUGCUGCUGUUUUCAUUUAGCGUGCUUGCAUUCGCGUUAGUCAAUCGAUCACCUUCGAAACGUCUCGGGAAUAUAGAUUAAAAACACUUGGAUACUCGAACGUGACAUCGUUUUAACGCAGGAAGGACUAUAUUAUAUUAUUACGUGUGCAUUGUAUAAAGAAGGAAAGUCGAUCAGUCCUAAUCGGGCUUUGUCUUUUCGAGUAAUAGUUUCGCUCAACGGCAACGUACGUCAACGAACACAAAAGUUUAGAUGAAUUAAGAUAUAUGUGGAUAAAUAUAUAUACAUAAUAAUUACAUGGAAAUAAUUGAACUCGGGGGCUGGGCUUUGGAACGGUGCAGAAAUACUGCUAUACAUGUCAAUACGAAAGAAUUGCACGAAGGAAAGAAAACAGAGAGAACAUAUACACAAAGUAUAAUGAAAUCGGAUAAGUUUAAUUCGUGGAAACUCAAAACAUAUACAGAAGUAAUACAGAAAGAAGAGACACGCACGCGUGAACGAACAUACAAUAUAAAAUAACAGGAGACGUAUCUACGUUUUUGUUGAUACUUGUUUAAUUAGUUUUGUUGAUUUAGGGACUUCUUUUGCGAAAAAGAAAUGAAAACAGGGGAGAGGUUGUACGGAAAGAAAAGAAAGAGAAGAAGUUGUAGAAUUUCUCCUAUGUGAUAUCAGGAAUUCGGGGUGCUAGCGCUGUUAUUUUUUGAUGGUGAACAAAAAAUGAGAAACAAAUAGAAGAGAAAAAUCUAACUCGAAGAAGCAAAAUGGAGAAAGUGAGCCAUACACACAGAAUCGCAGAAAAGAAAGAAAUGGAGCCUUGUAUAGUGAGCUAUAAGAAGAAAAAAAAGGAUGUGAUUAUUUAUAAUAAAUUUCCUAGGACAACUUA